AACUUUACCAUUCUCCCUUUCCAAUUAAUUCAAGUUUUCUCCGAUUUAAUUUUUAUUUUUCUCAUUUUUUUUCAUUUUUGUUUUAGGGUUUUUGAUUUUCUAUCUCAUCUGUUCCUCCUCCAUAAUUGAUAUUUUUGCGCUUCUUUUUCUGGCUGUUCAUGUGAAAUGGAAGCAAACGCGUGUCAGUGGCAUAUAAGCUGUUGACACGAUUUCGGAUAUUGCUUUUGUUUCGCCUUUUCAUUUUGAUUUGCUCUGGAUUUCUUUCUGGUUCCCUGAUUGUCUGGACUGCAGGAGCUUUUAAUAGUUGGUGGUGUUUGCAGAACAACAAAUUUGACUGAAAGCAAGUGGGAUAUCAGAAUUGAGGAUGGUUCUUUCGAGUAUGAUUAAGCUGUCAUAGAAUUAGGAACAGCUUGGUGCCAUUUUAGAAUUAGAUACAGACUAGUAUGGAACUUUUGGGAGUCAAUUUGGAGUUUGAUUGGUUCGCAAUUCUGGGUUUGCAUUUUGACGUCAAAAGUCGUAUCAUGUAGGCAUGUAUUUCUUCGAGUAUAUACUUUGACGAGUGUGGGGUUUCUGUUUCUUGAAUAUACUGCAUCAAAUAUAUGAUGAAAUGUUUGUACGCUUCUCCCUUCAAUGAUCUUCUACGGCUGUUACGCACUUGUGCAAUGAGAUUUAUAUGAUUGCAGAUCCAGUGGAGGCAGAUGGACAUUGCUGCCCUUUUAACUUCAGCUGGGAUUAAUAUUGGUCUGUGCGUGGUGCUUUUUUCCUUGUAUUCAAUAUUAAGAAAGCAACCGAGCAACAGGGUUGUGUAUUUUGGCCGGAGGCUUGCUACAGUACGUAUAAGGAGUGAUGAUUUCUUCUCCAUUGAGAGAUUUGUGCCCUCUCCAAGUUGGAUUUUAAAGGCUUGGGAAACAACUGAAGAAGAAAUAUUGUCCAUUGGCGGUCUUGAUGCAUUAGCUUUUCAAAGGACGCUCGUUUUCAGUAUCCGUAUUUUUUCCAUUGCUGCAAUCAUUUGCCUCCUUCUAGUGCUUCCGAUGAAUUAUUAUGGCAAAGAGAUGCAACACAAGCAGAUCCCAGCGGAGUCAUUGGAUGUAUUUACAAUAGGGAAUGUCAAAGAAGGUUCUAGAUGGCUUUGGGCCCAUUGUCUAGCUCUGUACGUCAUAUCUUGCGGGGCCUGUGUUCUCCUUUACUUUGAGUAUAAAAGCAUCACUGAAAUGAGACUAGCACAUAUAAUCAAAUCCCCUCUGAAUCCAAGUCAUUUCACUGUCCUUGUCCGCUCAAUACCAUGGUCUCCAGAAGAAUCAUAUAGUGAUUCAGUGAAGAAAUUCUUUGCAAAUUAUUACGCAUCAAGCUACUUGUCACACCAAAUAGUGUAUCAUCGUGGAAUUAUUCAAAAAUUAAUGGCAGAUGCUGAGAAAAUGUGCAAAAUGAUUAUGCCGGUUCCUAUUGAUGGAAAAAGUUUAAGGCCGUGUUGUCUUUCUGCAGAUAAUACGACUUCUUUUAAGAUCCUCUCCAGUGAACUAGGAAGUGUCAAGGAUAGCAUCAGCUACAAUGAUUUGGAUAUAGCGACAAGAGAAAAUGAGUGUCCCGUUGCUUUUGUUUUUUUCAAGACUCGCUAUAGUGCUGUGGUUGCCACACAAGUGCUUCAAUCAUCAAAUCCCAUGUUGUGGGUCACAGAAUUGGCCCCAGAACCACAUGAUGUUUUAUGGUCAAACCUCUCUAUACCGUAUAGACAGCUUUGGCUGCGGAAGAUAGCAACAUUAUUGGCUGCUAUAGUCUUCAUGUUUUUGUUUCUUAUUCCUGUGACAUUUGUGCAAGGCUUGACUCAACUAGAUAAGCUGUCAAGAACAUUCCCAUUUUUGAGAGGGCUUCUAAAAAAGGACUUUAUGAACCAUGUGGUAACAGGUUACUUACCAAGUGUCAUAUUAAUGUUGUUUCUGUAUACCGUUCCACCGAUGAUGAUGUUAUUCUCAUCAGUGGAGGGGCAUGUUUCUCGAAGUGGAAGGAAAAGGAGUGCAGGCUUGAAAGUUUUGUACUUCACAAUUUGGAAUGUUUUUUUCGUUAACGUUCUCUCAGGCUCCAUCAUUAGUCAAUUGAAUGUCUUCUCUAGUGUAAGAGACAUACCUACGCAACUUGCCAAGGCAAUACCUACUCAGGCUAGCUUCUUCAUGACUUACGUUUUAACGUCAGGUUGGGCAAGUCUGGCUUGUGAACUAAUGCAACUGUUCCCUCUUAGCAUCAACAUGUUCAAAAAAUUCAUUCUCAGAAACAAAGAAGAUUGUUCUGAUGAUCUCAUGACCUUCCCAUAUCAUACAGAAGUUCCUAGGGUCCUACUGUUUGGUCUUAUUGGCUUCACUUGUGCAAUCAUGGCACCCUUAAUAUUGCCCUUUUUGCUGGUUUACUUUUUUAUGGCCUAUCUUGUAUACCGCAACCAGAUUCUCAAUGUAUACAUACCAAAAUACGAGGGUGGAGGUCACUUUUGGCCUAUUGUGCACAAGACAACAAUUUUUUCAUUAGUGUUGACACAAAUUAUAGCGAUCGGGGUCUUUGGAAUUAAAAGAUCACCUAUUGCAUCAGGUUUCACCUUUCCAUUAGUAAUUUGCACCCUGCUAUUCAAUGAAUAUUGCAGGCAGCGAUUUGCCCCUGUUUUCAAGAGGGACGCUGUACAGGUUCUUAUAGACAUGGAUAGGCGCGACGAACAGUCUGGGAGAAUGAAGGAAAUCCAUCAACAAUUAAAUUCAGCGUAUUGCCAGAUCCCAAUGACUUCUCAUGAAUUAUGUGCAUCUGCACAUGGUGGUGUUAAUAAGAUCGAAGAUCCAGAGGGCGCUGGUGCAGGAACGGAACUUAACGAAUUAACUGAAACAUGUGCUGUUGUCAAUUUUGGAGGAGAAACAUCAACUGAAAAUUGAUUAAUUUGUCUUGUAUAUAAGCUACACCAAAUUCAGUUCAUGCAUUAAAAUCAUCAUGCUUCAGAUGGGGCUUUAACGUGGCAAGCCGUGUAAAUGUUCAAGUUUCAUACAGAAGAUAGCAUUGGGACGUAUGGCCCUUGAUAGGAAAAAAUUCACUGUUACAGGAAUAGGAUUAGGAUUGAGAUUGUCAUGUUUUUAUAGGUUUUUUUGUUUUUUUUUUGCUCUUUUUCUUUUCUUUUAUUUUCUUUAAGAGGGCUGGGAUGCUAUAUGUAAUUGGAAGAGCAAAGCCGAUUUUGAUUCGUUAUAUCACAGCUAUGUACAAUGUUUUAUUUUCUUUUU